CCACUUCACCCGAUCGCUUCUUCUUCUUCUUCUUCGUUGCAUUCAUCUUGCUAGCUAGCUUAGCAAUGGCGGAUCGCGACCGCGCCGGGCAGUACUACCAGCAGCAGAGAGGGCAGGUGGGGGAGACGGUGAAGGGGAUCCUGCCGGAGAAGGCGCCGUCGGCGUCGCAGGCGCUGACGGUGGCGACGCUGUUCCCGCUGGGUGGGCUGCUGCUCGUGCUGUCCGGGCUGGCGCUGGCGGCGUCCGUGGUGGGGCUCGCCGUCGCCACGCCGGUGUUCCUGAUCUUCAGCCCGGUGCUCGUCCCGGCCGCGCUGCUCAUCGGGCUCGCCGUCGCCGGCUUCCUCACCUCCGGCGCGCUGGGCCUCGGCGGGCUGUCGUCGCUCACCUUCCUCGCCAACACGGCGCGCCAGGCGUUCCAGCGCACGCCCGACUACGUCGAGCAGGCGCGGCGCAGGAUGGCCGAGGCCGCCGCGCACGCCGGCCACAAGACGGCGCAGGCCGGCCACGCCAUCCAGGGCAGGGCCGACCAGGCCGGCACCGGCGCCGGCGCCGGCGGUGGCGCCGGCACCAAGACAUCCUCGUAAGCACGCGCCGCGCGCGCGAGUGGCUCGCGUCGCGUACGGGCUGGGUUUAGCCUGCUGGGUUUCGCUUCGCUUCGUAGUAGUCUCGCCCCCGACCGACCGAGUCAAGAGUGUGUCCCGAACGUGACCGUGCCUACGUGUCGUGUGAUCCUAAAGUCUAAUGUUGUACCAGCUGCUGCGUACUACUGCUACUAGGUAAGAUCGAUGUAGUUUUCGAUUUAGAGUUGUGAAUGAUAAUAAGCGAGGUCGGGGGGAGCAAGCGAUCUGGGGAGUUUGUGCUUGAUUUGAGUUGAUGAUGAACAUAUGUAUGCAUUCCGUGUUCCUCUGUAAGAAAAGAAUUGGUGAAUGAACCCAUGUCUCUUUGCUCAAAUGUCA